AUGCCAGAUAAAUGGACUGUAGAGAGUAAGCGCCCGUAUAAACCAAGGACGCGGACUGGAUGUGUGACCUGCAGGCGUAUCAAAUGUGACGAAGCACGACCAAGCUGUCAGAAGUGUUCGUCAACCGGUAGAAAAUGCGAUGGUUAUACUGCAUCUGAAACACCAUCUCCAAGCCGCCCUCGCGAAUUGAGUUUGAACGUAUACAAAACCGCAGAGGAAUCCAGUGCGAUUGAUUUCUUACUGCGAGUAUCCAUCCCACAGUUUGCAGGAAACUCAUCCUCGGAGUUCUGGGACUGCCAUGUCUUACAAUUGGCUCAACAGGAUGUUGCUACCAGACAUGCAUUGAUUGCACUUUCCCAGCUCCAUCGGGACUUUACGAAUACACAGCGUCAGGGACAGCAUAAUCAGUUGGCUCUACAACAUUAUGAUGCUGCAAUUCGAAGUCAUAUCAAUUCAGUGUCUGGAAAGAUAAAGGACAGGAUCAACUCGAGUUCUGCAAUGACCACAGCGAUCGUGUUUAUAUGCAUUGAGAUCAUGCAAGGUCAUCUUGCCUCUGCCGUCUCACUUCUCCAGCACUCUGUGGCCAUGUUGCCGAGUUCUGGGAGUCAGCAAGUGCCUCUGUAUGAGGAUAUCAUCUCUCGUCUGCAGAUACAUGCUCGUCGUUCAAUCGAUCAAGACAUGUUCGGAUCGAAUCCCAGUGAACAUGAGACAAAAGAAGGAUCUUCAAAGUACAAAGCACUAGGCGACUGGCGUGCCUCCUGUCAAGCCCUGCUAAAAGACUGUGCUGCUAUUUUCGGCGAAUUGACAUUGGAAGAACGAAUUCAACGACUCUGCAUCAUGCUAGGAGUCUCCAAGGUCGCUCAUACCACACAACCAAUCCCACGAGAAACUGCCGCCCAUAAUGUCCUACACAUGCGGAGACUUCUCGAAACCACGGAUAUCCUCACCGAAGAAGCUGCCAAUCUAAGCGAAGACAAAAAGGCUGCCAUAACUGACUCGUUCCUGCCUCUUUAUCGCGCCAUUGUGUCCUUGGCACAAACGAAUUUAGGUCUGUCGGACUCCGACGCGCUACAAGUAUCACCACUCGCCCCUUCUUUCUCUCUAGACAUGGGCGUAAUAGGCCCUCUCUAUGAAGUCUCUCGCCACUGCCGCGACCCAACCCUCCGCCGGAAGAUCGUCCAUCUGCUUCGGAUGUCAAAUCGACAGGAAGGUCUGCUGAACAGUAUCACUUACGCUAAGAUUGUAGAGACGAUCAUAGAUAUUGAGGAGACUGGGUUAAGGGGUGUCAAGGAGAGUAGAGAUAUACCGUUGCAGUCACGGAUAUCGCAGCAUUGUCUUUCAUUUGAUGUGAGACGGUUGAAACACACCAUUUCGUAUAAGCCGUUGGUCGGAAAUGCUAAGGGAUUCUUUCACCGGGAGAUAAGCAGGUAA